AUGUAUAGACUCAAGAUGGAAGUGCUCACAGCUGUGGCUGCUUGGGCGAUUGGCUCCGCGUGCUUGAACGUUCCUGUUGCGCGCCAGUUCCUUGGAGGCAUCUGCGCGAGAGACACAGCGGAGCUUGGCAACAAGCUCUCGAGCACUGCCAAGAUCUACCAGCCUGGCACGGCUGAGUUCACUGAGGCCUCGAUCCGUUGGUCCAACCUCAAUGCUCCUACAGUCAGCCUCGUUGUCGUGCCUGGCACGGAGCAGGAUGUUGCAGAGACGGUUAAGUUUGCGAAUGAAAAGAGCAUGCCAUUUCUCGCGUAUAAUGGCGUACAUGGGGCUAUCACCACGCUGGGAAACAUGCAGAACGGCAUUGAGAUCUAUCUCAACCAGCUGACCAGCAUCGAGGUCGCCGAGGAUGGCAAGUCGGCCAAGAUUGGCGGUGGAACCCGGUCCAAGAAUGUUACGGACACUCUCUGGGCUGCCGGAAAACAGACUGUGACUGGCACUUGCGAGUGUGUCAGCACACUUGGACCUGCUCUUGGCGGUGGCCACGGAUGGCUUCAGGGCCACCACGGUCUUGUUGCUGAUCAGUUCCUGUCCAUGAAUAUUGUUCUCGCCAACGGAACAAUUGUUGCCAUCGACGAGAGCUCUGACCUUUGGUGGGCAGUCAAGGGCGCUGGCCACAACUUUGGCAUCGUAACUUCCGUUGACGUCAAGGUCUACGACAUUGAGCACCGUGACUGGGCCGUAGAGACUCUCAUCUUCAGCGGAGACAAGGUCGAGGAGGUCUACCAAGCCACCAAUGACCACAUUCUCAAGAACGGAACCCAGCCUGCUGAUGUCGUUAACUGGUCGUACUGGUUGAACAACCCCGACGCUGACCCCGAGAACCCCAUCAUCCUCUACUGGAUCAUUCAGGAGGGUGUCACAGCCGUUGAUUCCAAGUACACCCAGCCUUUCCUCGAUAUUGGACCUAUCUCUGCCACGCCCACUGCCGGAACCUACCUUGACCUCGCCGCCUGGACUGGUAUUGCCCUUGACUCCAUCCCUUGCCAAAAGGCCGGCCUCAACAACCCUCGUUUCCCCAUCUACGUCGAGUCUUACAACGUCACGGCUCAACGCCAGGCGUACGACCUCUUCGCUUCGUCCAUCAGGGACUCGUCCUCCCCCUUCUUCAACUCGCUUUUCAUGUUCGAGGGCUACUCCAACGAGGGUGUCAAGGCCGUUGACAGCGAAUCCACCGCCUUUGCCUUCCGCGAGGACAACCUCCUCUUCGCUCCUCUUAUCACCUACACGCCUGGUGAUGCCGCCCUUGACAAGCAGGCUGCUGACCUUGGCAACUUGCUUCGCCAAAUCAUUCACGAGGGCAGUGGCCGUGAUGAGAUCCACGUUUACCUUAACUACGCUUUCGGCGACGAGACUCCUGCUGAGUGGUACGGUUCGGAGCCGUGGCGCCAGGACAAGCUGAAGUCUCUCAAGGCCAAGUACGACCCUGAAAGCAAGUUCAGCUUCUACGGACCUGUCGCUUGA